AUGAGUACAAGAAAGUGCCGUGGUGGAACAGUAAGUUCUAGACAAGCCCAGAAGCAAACUCAGGAAGCAGCCUCCACCCCUGAGAUUUCCUUGGAAGCAGAACCCAUAGAACUUGUGGACACUGCUGGAGAUGAAAUUGUGGACCUCACCUGUGAAUCUUUAGAGCCCAUCGUCAUUGACCUGACUCACAAUGACUCUGUUGUGAUUGUUGAUGAAAGGAGGAGGCCAAGGAGGAACACCAGGAGCCUGCGCCAAGACCAUGCUGACAGCUGCAUAGUGAGCAGUGAUGAUGAGGAGUUGUCCAGGGACAGAGAUGUGUAUGUAACCACCCACACUCCCAGAAACUCCAGGGACGAGGGGGCCACAGGACUCAGGCCUUCUGGUACUGUCGGUUGUCCCAUCUGCAUGGACGGAUACUCAGAGAUUGUGCAGAAUGGACGUCUCAUUGUCUCUACAGAGUGUGGCCACUUCUUCUGUAGCCAGUGCCCCCAUGAUUCCCUUAAGAAUGCUAACAUUUGCCCAACUUGUAGGAAAAAGAUCAACCACGAACGAUACCACCCCAUUUAUAUAUGA